CACACAUACGCACACACACAGAUCACUGCCUUUUACUGGAGCCUGUGACCAACACACACUGAAAGACAUUCUCAAACACACUCGUUGGAGACUGGAGGAAGAGCACCAGGACGAGGAGUGUGUGGAAAUCAGUUUUUGAUGCGAGCAGCUGAGAGGUAAACAAACCCUCUCUCACACACACACACACACACACACACACUCACACGGUGCCUCUCUCGGUCUCGUGGACACGCAUGGAUGCUGCCGUGUGACUUAUGGACAGAGGUGAGGAGGUGACGGUGAGCGAGAGACGAGGAGACACACAGAUGUGGACGUCUCACUACAGACCUGGGUGUGUAGAGUGAAGCGGAAGCAGGCUCAUGGCUUCCUUGUGGAGCCUGGGCCAGCUGGGGUGGCUGGGUCUCAUCCUGGCCCUCAUGGCACUGCCACACCCAUGUCAGGGUUGCCCACCGCGCUGUGACUGCGCAGCGCAGCUACGUUCUGUGUCCUGUCAGCGUAAGCGUCUGUCCGGGGUACCAGAGGGCAUUCCCACAGAGACCAGACUUCUGGAUCUCAGUCGGAACCGCUUGCGCUGGGUGGCACCGGGUGAUCUGGCCCCUUACCCGCGUCUGGAGGAGCUCGACCUAAGUGAAAAUCUCAUCACAACACUAGAGCCCAAUGCCUUCGCCAGUCUGCAAACGCUGUGUACUCUGCGCCUCAGAGGAAACCAGCUGAAGCUUGUGCCCAUGGGAGCAUUUGCAGGACUGUCAAACCUCACAACGCUGGACCUGAGUGAGAACAAGAUUGUCAUUCUGCUGGACUACACCUUCCAGGAUCUGCGCAGUCUCAAAAAUUUGGAGGUGGGCGAUAAUGACCUGGUCUACAUAUCUCAUAAAGCGUUCUCAGGAUUGUUAGGUCUAGAAGAUCUCACCAUCGAGAGGUGCAACCUGACGUCCAUCUCAGGCCAGACGCUCUCAUACCUGCAUAACCUUGUCACCCUCCGUUUACGCCACCUGUGUAUCUCAGCCCUCGAGGACCAAAAUUUCCGCAAGCUGUCGGCUCUGAGAGGCAUUGAAAUAGACAACUGGCCCUAUUUGGAGCACAUCUCACCUCUGAGCUUCCUGGGGCUCAACCUCUCCUGGCUGUUCAUCACCAACACGAAUAUCACCUCCGUGCCAUCUGCAUCCUUCCGAAACCUUGCUUACCUGACGUCGCUCAACCUCUCCUACAACCCCAUCUCCGUGCUGGAGCCCUGGGCCUUCCGAGACUUGAUCAGGCUGAAGGAACUAGUCAUGGUCAGCACCAAUUUGCUCACGGUAGAACUUCAUGCCCUCGGAGGCUUGAGGCAAAUCCGAGUUCUGAACUUGUCCAACAACGAGCUAGUCACUCUUGAGGAGAGCUCGUUCCACUCCGUCAACAGUCUGGAGACUCUGAGGGUGGAUGGAAACCCGUUGUCCUGCGAUUGCCGGCUUCUUUGGAUCCUGCAACGCAGACGCACCUUAAACUUUGAUGGAAAGAUGCCAAUGUGCGCUGGCCCCGCAGAGGUGCAGGGAUACAUGCUGAGCACCUUCACUGAUUCGGCGUUGUUUGAUUACUUCACCUGUCAAAAGCCAAAGAUACGGAAUCGGAAGCUUCAACAGGUGACUGCACUGGAAGGCCAACCGGUAUCGUUCCUUUGUCGAGCCGAAGGUGAGCCGGCGCCCGCUAUCAUAUGGAUCUCACCGCAGAGGCGUAGAAUCGCUUCCAAAAGCAACGGCAGGAUCACUGUGCUUCCGGGUGGAACACUGGAGAUCCGUUACGCACAGAUCACAGACAGCGGCACAUACAUCUGCAUCGCCAGCAAUGCUGGUGGCAAUGACACCUACUUCGCCACGCUGACAGUGAAAGGCCAGCCGCAGGACUCUGUGCUGUUUGGCAACCGCUCCUUGUAUGCGGUGGAUUUCAACGACACCGGUCUCAACAGUACACGUGUUUUUCUGAAGUUCACGCUGGAUCUCACCACCAUCCUGGUGUCGACAGCGAUGGGCUGCAUUACGUUCCUGGGAGUCGUGCUGUUCUGUUUCCUGUUGUUGUUUGCGUGGAGCCGUGGACGUGGUCAACGCAAGAAUAACUUCACAGUGGAGUAUUCCUUCAGGAAAACAGAAGGACCUGCCACCACUGCAACUUCUGGAGGGGCACGGAAGUUUAACAUGAAGAUGAUAUGAAACAACGCAGCCAGGGGCCCGAUGGGGGAAGCAUAGUCGCCCAACAUUAACACACACAGUGCCGACUCAGUGCAGAAAUAAACACGCCAGGUUUCACGCCAAGAAAUUAUUCAUAUAGAUAUAUAGAAAAUAUAUUCAUAUAACCUAUUUUGAGGGACAUUGUGACAGUGAUGCAUAUUCCACCCCCCAAAAUGUAUUACAGCAAUGAGAAAAAAGAUGGUCAUUGUGAUAUUCUCAUUACCGCAACAUAAAUUAAAUAAAAUAUAUUAUUUAAAUUGUAAUACAAUUUUGCAUACAGAAAAUUAACCCAUUUUAGGAGCAUUAUGAUUUUUAAAAUUUGCGCACAUUUCCCAAUUCUCAUUACCGCAAUGCAAAACAAGAUUAUCAUUAUGAUAUUCUCA